AUGAUUAGAGUUUGGCUUGUGCGGUUGAUGGCUCUCUCCAAUUUGUUGUUCUCUUCUGCUGCGGUUGGCUCGGAGAAUUCGACGGCGCCUGAGUUUUUAAAUAUUGGGGUUCUCUACUCUUUUAAUACUAGUGUUGGUAGAAUAGUGAAAAUUGCAGUGCAAACUGCGGUUGACGAUAUAAAUUCUGAUUCUACUAUUCUUGGUAAAACUAAGUUGAAGCUCUCGUUUCAAGAAGAUUCAAAAUACAGAGGCUUUUUGAGUAUUGCUGAAGCGUUGCAGCUCAUGGCGACACACACUGUGGCCAUUAUCGGUCCGCAGACAUCUACGACCGCUCAUGUCAUAUCUCAUAUAGCAAAUGAGCUCCAUGUUCCUCUGUUAUCGUUUUCAGCCACAGAUCCUACUCUUUCCUCGCUUCAAUUCCCGUUCUUCAUUAGAACUGCUUUCAAUGACAUUUUUCAAAUGACUGCAAUAGCAGACAUGGUUAGCCACUACGGUUGGAGAGAGGUUAUCGUGGUCUACGGGGAUGAUGACCAUGGGAGGAACGGAAUUGGUGCAUUAGCGGAUAAGCUUGCUGAGAGACGUUGCAAGAUAUCGUUUAAAGCACCGAUGACUCCUGAUGCAAAGAGGGAGGAGAUUACUGACAUUCUUGUUCAGGUGGCUUUGGCAGAAUCUCGGGUUAUAGUUCUUCACACAAGUACUUCUUGGGGUCCAAAAGUGUUGAGUGUUGCAAAGUCUCUUGGAAUGAUGCAAAACGGUUAUGUUUGGAUUGCUACUACUUUUCUCACAUCUUAUAUCGACAUAGAUAGUCCACUCUCUUCCGAUGAAAUGGAUAACAUUCAAGGAGUCAUUGCACUAAGAAUGUACAUACCAGAUUCGAAGCUCAAAAGAUCGUUUGUUUCUAGGUGGACGAAUUUGACUAGAGGAAAGCAGGGAAACGGUCCUCUUGGUUUGAGUACUUACGGUAUCUUUGCGUAUGAUACUGUUUACGUGCUUGCUCGCGCCCUUGAUACAUUUUUGAAACAAGGGAACCAAAUUACAUUUUCGCAUGAUCCGAAGAUAUCUGAACUACGUGGAGACAGCUUGCAUCUAGAUGCCGUGAAAAUCUUCAAUGAAGGAAACCUGUUGUGUAAAAGCAUUUAUGCUGUAAACAUGACUGGUGUAACGGGUCCAUUCAGGUAUACUCCUGAUGGAAACCUUGCUAAUCCAGCAUAUGAGAUCAUCAAUGUGAUCGGAUCAGGUACUCGCAGGAUCGGGUAUUGGUCUAAUUACUCCGGACUAUCGGUUGUUCCUCCAGAAACACUUUAUUCAAAACCACCUAACCGUUCCUAUGAAAACCAAAAGCUGCUCACUGUGUUUUGGCCGGGAGAAACAACCCAAACACCCCGCGGUUGGGUUUUUCCAAGCAAUGGAAAGCUGUUAAGAAUCGGAGUACCAAAAAGGGUUAGUUACCGCGAAUUUGUUUCUCAGGUACAAUCCACUGACAUGUUCAAGGGAUUCUGCAUUGAUGUGUUUCUUUCUGCAGUAAACUUGUUACCCUAUGCUGUCCCCUAUAAGUUUGUUCCAUACGGUGACGGUCAAAGCAAUCCUAGCAACACUGAGCUUGUGCGUCUGAUCACGGCCGGUGUUUUUGAUGCUGCAGUAGGAGACAUUACAAUUACGACAGAGAGAACAAAGAUGGUUGAUUUUACUCAGCCAUAUACAGAGUCUGGUCUAGUGGUCGUAGCAUCGGUUAAGAAGACGGAUUCCAAUGCUUGGGCAUUUUUGACACCAUUUACACCAAUGAUGUGGACUGUAACAGCUAUCUUUUUCCUACUAGUUGGUGCAGUUGUCUGGGUUCUAGAACAUAGACUGAAUGAUGAUUUUAGGGGACCUCCAAAAAAACAAGUCGCCACAAUUUUGUGGUUUACUUUUUCAACUAUGUUCUUUGCUCACAGGGAAAACACAGUGAGCACUCUUGGUCGAUUUGUGCUGCUUAUAUGGCUAUUUGUAGUUCUAAUAAUCAACUCGAGUUACACCGCAAGCCUGACUUCAAUCCUCACAGUGCAACAACUUUCUUCACCUAUUAAAGGCAUUGAAAGUUUAGUAAAUACGAAAGAUCCUAUUGGUUACUUGCAGGGCUCUUUUGCCCGAUCCUAUUUGAUUGACGAAAUCGGUAUUCAUGAAUCUAGACUAGUUCCUCUAAAAACACCUGAAGAGACUGCGAAAGCGCUGGAAAAUGGUCCCCAUAAGGGUGGUGUUGCUGCGUACAUUAACGAGCGUGCUUACAUAGAGCUCUUCCUUUCAAGCCGGUGUGAUUUUACCAUUGUAGGUCAAGAGUUUACCAAAAAUGGUUGGGGAUUUGCCUUUCCACCAGACUCGCCAUUAGCAGUUGACCUAUCAACUGCCAUUUUGGAGUUAGCAGAAAAUGGAGAUUUACAAAGGAUCCAUGACAAAUGGCUUUUGAGCAGUGCUUGUCGAUCACAAGGUGCAAAGCUUGAACUGGACAGACUCAACCUCAAAAGCUUUUGGGGACUUUACCUAGUCUGUGGUUUGGCAUGUUUUCUGGCUCUUCUGAUAUAUCUUAUUCAGACCCUGAGGCAGUACAAGAAGCACAGUCCAGAUGAACUUGAGUCUACAGGACAAGGUUCGGGAUCUUCACGUCUGCGGACUUUUCUUUCAUUUGUAGAUGAAAAAGAAGAGAUAGUUAAGAACCGUUCCAAGAGAAGGCAAAUGGAAAGAAUAUCAUAUAGAAGCACGAGUGAGGUUGGAACAACCAUAGUCUCCAACAAAGAUUUUUCUCAGUCAUCGUUAAACAGAAUUGAUUCUGAAGUAUAA